UACGUGAGGCUGGUGCUGUGACGUGACAGAAUGAGAUUAACAGAGUCAGGUCAAAAGAGUAGCUCACUGUCCGUCAGAUCUGAGAUCUCAUCUUUUAUUAGUGACAGUUUUAUCAUCACGUGCUAAAAUGCGCUUGCUCUUCCUAGCCUGCCUAAAUCCAAAAACAGGGAACUGUACCACUGCCGAAAGAAUAAGGAAUCACAUCGUGGCUGCAGGGCAUACUUGUGUACUGUGUGACACAAGAGAAUUGAGCUCUUCAGAUGUUGUGUCCCUGAUGACGCAAGAGCCGCUGUUCGAGGGUGCGCUGGCCAUUCAUCUUUUCAAAGGAGGCAGGCUUCUUUUAGAUUUUGGAGUGCCAUUCGGAGUGGUGUUUGGAGGGACUGAUGUCAAUGAGGAUGUAAAGGAUGAGCACAAGCGAGCUAUGAUGGAGGAAGUUAUGCGCAAGGCCAGGUUUGCUGUGGCAUUCACUGAUACAUUGAAAGAACAAGCAGAGGCACACUUGGUCUGUGAGAGCAAGAAGAUCUAUGUGCAACCUCAAGGGAUUGAGACCAGAGUGGCAUCACGUUUCAGUUGGAACGACUUUUUGCAAAGCACAGGUGUGUGUAUCGAACAAGUGGAAGACUUACAUGUGUUUCUGCUAGUAUGUGGACUCAGACGGGUUAAAGAUCCUCUUUAUCUACUAGAAGCUUUUGCAGAAUGGCACAUUCAGAACCCCCUGGUAGUCCUCAUCAUCAUUGGUCCAAAGAUAGAUCCAGUGUUUACCGCAGAGGUUGAGGAAAGUGUCAAGAGAUCUGUUGGAGUGUUCCUGGCAGCUGAAUUGUGUCAGGAGGAAUUGCAUGCUGCCAUGCAGAAGUCAUUUGCCCUGGUCAACUCCUCUCUCUCAGAAGGAAUGUCUGCUGCCAUCUUAGAGGCAAUGGAUUUAGGUUUGCCUGUUUUAGCAAAGGAUAUUCCUGGAAAUACUUCAAUAGUCCAGCAUGAGGUCACAGGGCUGCUGUUCUCCACCCCUCAGGAAUUUGUAAGCAUGUCCAAAAAACUUCUGGAUGAUCACAUGCUCCAGGAUAGAUUGGUGCGAAAUGGAAAGAAUUACAUUGCAUCAUGUCACAACCCGAUGAAAGAGAGAGCAGCAUACCAACAGCUGGUAGAGACUCUUCAUUGACGGUGCCAUGGGAUCAUUGCUUGUCUCAAGUUUUUUACAACUUUGAUGAGAGCUUUAUGCUCUUACUUUAUAAAGAUUAUGAGUAGGCAAACCCAUUUUAUUUGAAAAUGUAAGCCUCUGCAAAGACUGUCAAGAUAAUUGUGGCAUUUGUGUCUGGAAUAGUAUACAUAAAACAAAACAAAAUAUUUUAUGGUUUUCAGGAACCACAGGUUUAUACUGAUUUCUUAUGUUGUACCAGGUAUGAAAGGGACAAUUUUUAUGUACUUUAUUUUUACUAAGGGUCUCCACAUUUUUAAGCCAGUCCAGAGGAACAAAGGAAAGCUUUUAUUUUUUAGAUCAGCCAUAAGCUGAUUAAAUGGCCAAAAACUGGUACACAUGAUAUGUGAAAAUGAUGUGGCAAUCUAUUUUAAGUGCUCAUAUAUAUAUAUAUAUAUAUAUAUAUAUAUAUAUAUAUAUACAG